AUGACCUCAUUUCCUCCGCCACCAGUCGACUCGAUCGACUGGAAUGAUGUCGGCUUUAAAGUCCGCGAAGUCAACGGCCAUGUCGAAUCCCACUUCUCCCACUCCUCCAACCCUCAAUGGAGCGCACCACGCUUCGUCAAAUCCCCUUACAUCCCAAUCCACGGCAUGGCCCCAGGUCUAAACUACGGCCAACAAGCCUACGAAGGUAUGAAAGCCUUCCGCCAUGCCCCGUCAUCUACCUCCCCUUCGGCACCCGGGCGCAUAACCAUCUUCCGCCCCCAGAAAAAUGCCGUGCGCAUGCAGCGCUCAGCCGAAUUCAUCUCCAUCCCCCCAGUCCCCAAAGAGCACUUCCUCGAAUGCGUCCGGCUCGCCGUCGCAGCUAAUGCCGAAUUCGUGCCCCCCCACUCCACCGGCGCCGCCAUGUAUAUCCGGCCGCUUAUCUUCGGCUCCUCCGCCCAACUCGGCCUGAACCCACCGGACGAAUACACCUUUGCCGUUUUCGUCAUGCCCACUGGCGUGUACCACGGCGUGCAUGCGGUGGAUGCGCUCAUCCUGGAGGACUUUGACCGCUCCGCCCCCGACGGCACGGGCUCCGCCAAGGUUGGAGGCAACUAUGCGCCCGUCCUCCGACAUAGCGACCGCGCGCGCUCUGAGGGGUACGGAAUCACUUUGCACCUGGAUAGCAAGACGCGCACGGAGAUCGAUGAGUUCUCGACCUCCGCGUUCGUCGGUGUUCGUAAGGACAAGGACACGGGAGCCGUUACGCUCGUGGUGCCGGAUAGCAAGAAUGUGAUUGAUUCGGUGACGGCGUCGUCUGUCUGUGAGAUUGGCUCGAAGAUGUUUGGCUACAAGGUCGAGCGCCGGAGGGUGGCUUACGAGGAGCUUACCGAAUUCGACGAGGUCAUGGCUGCCGGUACGGCCGCGGCGCUUGUGCCCAUUAAGAGCAUUACGAUGAGAUCAAAGAAUGACAGGUUCACUUAUGAGGCGGGUGAGGGGGAUGCGGGGGGUGAGAUCUGUAGGAAACUGCUGAAGACGCUCAAGGGGAUCCAGACCGGUGAUAUUGUGGAUGAAUUUGGCUGGCUGGUUGAUAUCGAACCUGUCCCUUCUGGAUGGAUGGAGGAGGCUGGGGGCAAGUAA